ACCAGGCACCGAUAUCUACAGAGGUGAAGGAAGAUUCUGGAAAUAGAAGAGGUUCACUUGACUCCUGGGUUCUCUUCUGUGUCAGAUCUGACAGGCUGCUUAGGGGAGGGUGGUGGGAGGUAUGAGUGGGCCUUGUGCUCAACGGGGCUGCCAAGAUUUGAAACCAUGCAAGCCCUUUGACUCUUGUUGUGUUUAGGGGUCCUGGGCUCUUAAACUUCCUUCUCCUCCCAGAAGAGCGGUUCACAAAACUCAUUUAUCCCCAGCUGUUAAAGACCUGAUACAUUAUCUUGUAAAGAGUAUGUGCACCGUGAAGAGAGCUAGGGUAAGAGCUUGGCACGGAGGGGCCCCAGUCCAGUGAAGAAAUGUCUGUGGCAUCCAGACUGGGAAGAUGAGUUUGAGUGGAGCAGGAGGGAGGGCCUCCCAGGCUUGCUGAUAAUGACACAGGGUAAGCUUGCCCAGUUUUAGAUUAUUCAAGUAGGACUCAGACCUGGCCCUACCUCCUGUGAGUGAGGCCCUAGUCUAAUUACAGGAGGAGAUCAUAUUCUACAACAGGCAUAUAUAAAAACACAGGAAAUACAGAUGAACAAGGCACAUAACACACUGAGUUAUUAUUAUGAGGCCAUGGGACAUUUAAAAAAUGAAACAAUUGUACAGAGAAUAGGCAUCCUAGCCAGGGUUUCCUUGUAAGGUAGUCCUGGAGGGCAGUGCUGGGAGUAACCCCUGAGGCCACCAAGUCUUGGGAAUUCUCUUGGGAGUUGUUUUUAGAGUCUGGUAUAUAUCUUUGGAUGCUUUGUAAUUGUAUUUAGUUCUGACCUUUGACAAACUACAUGGAUAGGAGGGAGGCAAGUAAUGUGGGAAACCAUCAAUGACAUUGGGAUGAAGAAGAGGUAUGGCUAUAAAGGAAUACGAUUGAUUUUCUUGGGUUCUAAGCUGGAAAUUCCAAACAAGAAGUUCCAAGACAGGGAGGGCCACAGCUUGUUGUGAAGGAGCUGGAGGGCCAGCCUGGUGGGUCAGAGAGGGAACAAGUGGUGCAAAGGCUGCAGGCAUUCCAGGCACCUUGAUGCCGGGUCGCUUGGCUUUCAUUGUCCAGGUGGAGGUCUGUUCUGAGGAAUGGGCAUCAAUGACCCUCACUGCUAACUGGGACAACAGAGUGAAGAAGAUCAUUGAAUAUGUCUGGGCUCAGACCAACAUUCCUGUGCAGGACCAGGUCCUUCUGCUGGGAUCCAAGACUCUCAAGCCCCAGAGAAAGCUGUCAUCUUAUGGCAUCGACAGGCAGACGACCAUCCACCUCACUCUAAAGGUGGUGAAGCCCAGUGACAAGUAGCUGUCCCUGUUUCUGGUGGAGAUUGGUGAUGAGGGGCAGAGGCACCUCCUCCAGGUGCGAAGGUCCAGUUCGGUGGCCCAGGUGAGACAGAUGAUUGAGAGCAAGAUGGCUGUAGUGCUGCCUGAGAAACAGACUGUGGUUUGCAAUGGCAAGAAGCUGGAAGACGGGAAGACCAUGGGGGAGUAUGGCAUCAAAAGGGGCAGUAGAGUCUACGAUUUCCCGGUCAAUUUGGGGGCCUCCCUGACGCCAGACAGCGUGGGGUCUUUUCGUGGUGUGCCGUCCGAGUGGGAGCGGGUGGACGUGACCCGUCCGGUGAUACCUGACCCUGGCAAGGGCUGUCACAGUGCCCCGAGGAUGGGGAAUGUCCUCCCCCAAUCCUGCCUUCUCUCUGCCUCCGCCCGAAGGCCACUCUCCCCUGCCUGA